AUGAUUGCUGCAGGGAGAAUAUUGCCGCCGGGCGCUGGCCGACCAGCCUUCUCUCGACACUGCUAUAUCCCCCAGAGCGUUGCAUAUAGCAUAUCCCCGGUGUAUCGACGGUCAUUGGUUCAAACACGACUCUUGAGCCACUCCCUGUCCCUCCGAUUCGGCUCUAAUGGCCCGCAGUCGCGCAACCUCCUUCUUUCCUCGUCUCCCCAGGCAGCUCCCCGGCAACUUGGCUUAGCCCACGCUCUUCUUUAUGAUCGCCGUGGCUUUCAGACGUCAAUUCCAAACACUCAACAGCAGCAACAGAAAUCGGAAGGUCCUGAAGAGGGAAAAAAGGCAGACGAAUCGACAGACCAGCAAUCCCAGCAAGAACAAAAGGAGAAUGAUGGAGAGAAAAAGGAUGAUGCCAAACAAAAAGACGCUCCGCCGCCCCCUCCCCAUGGCGAUAAGACCCCCUGGCAAGUGUUCACAGAGACUCUCCGGUCAGAGUUCAAAGCAUCCAAAGAGUGGAAUGAGUCCACUAAGGCUCUAGCCUCAUCUGCCAACCAAUUUACUGAGAGUGAAUCGGUCAGAAAAGCUCGUGCUGCGUAUCAAGCUGCCUCCGAUGCUGCGUCCUCUACAACCUCCUCGGCUUUGAAACAAACCGGGAAAGCCAUUGGAAAGGGAGCCGCUUGGACUUGGGACACAUCUGUUGUCAAAGGAAUCAGAACUGGAGUCUCUGCUACUGGUAAGGGCAUUGAGAAAGCCACUAGGCCAGUUCGUGCUACAAAGGCCUAUAAAACUGCUGUUGGGGAAAUGAAGGGUGUGAUAGACGACGGUAGCAGCUCUCGAUACGGAGGUUGGGUUGAAAAGGAAGAAAGGCGGAAACAGAGAGAAUUAAGGGAGCUCAAUGAGCUGAAGUCUGGCAAGCUUAACAGAGUAGAACAGAUGGAAGAGGACCCAAAUGCUGGCACCAACGUUACUGUUCAUAAAGAUGCUGCCUGGAAAGAAUCCUGGCGUGAGUUUAGAGACUCUAGCCGUAUUAUGCAAAAAUAUUUUAACCUCAAAAACACAUAUAACGAAUCCGAGAAUCCUUUAAUCUCGACCGCGCGUGGUAUAUCCGAUCGCGUAGCCGGUUUCUUCGCCGAAAACGAAACCGCCAUGGUAAUUAAAAGAUUUCGCCAGAUGGAUCCUAAUUUCCAAAUCGAGCCUUUCCUGCGGGAGCUACGAGAAUAUAUUCUUCCGGAAGUCCUAGACGCCUAUGUCAAAGGAGACGCUGAAACGCUGAAGCUUUGGCUCUCAGACGCCCAGUUUCACGUAUACGCUGCCCUGGCGAAACAAUAUACUACUGCUGGGCUAAAAUCAGAUGGCCGCAUUCUUGAUAUUCGCCACGUUGACAUAUCCCACGCUCGCAUGCUAGAACCCGGCGAUAUACCUGUUUUUAUUAUCACCUGCCGAACCCAGGAAGUACACGUAUACCGUAAUGCAAAGACAAAUGAGCUCGCUGCUGGUAUGGAAGAUAGGGUCCAACUGGUUACCUAUGCUAUUGGUGUAACAAGGAUUCCAGAGGAUGUCAACAACCCGGAGACCAGAGGCUGGAGAAUGAUUGAACUUCAAAAGUCUGGUCGGGAUUAUAUCUAA